UCCAAAGAGGACAUUUGUGAUGGAAUUUGCAAAGAGUAAUCACGGUCGUCGAUUCCGAUGCCAUUAAUAUAGCACUCCAUUUUUGCAGCACUGGUUGAGUAGGGACAUUAAAUACCUAACACGAAGUGCAGCACACAAUGUGAUCUGCCAGCUUUAGGGGAAACAGUUCUCGUUUGAAGCUUCUCUCCGAUAUGCUCAUGUUAAGUUAUUGUGCGCUAUGUUAUCCAAUACAACAUUGUGCAUAGAUUACUCCUAAAUCAGGAUAUCUUCUGAUAUUAAACCUCAACCCUAACCUUUGAUAUCUCACGAUACUGUUCUCGGUGUGGUUGUGCAGUUCUUGAGGUUUAAGUGAAACGUAGAAAGGUUUUGAGAGAAGUAUAGGUUAGAUUUGGCAAGGUGGGCAUGACAGUGCACCUACUGCUGCAGUCGGUGUGGUGGUGACAGUACCCAAAUGUAGUAUCAGCUCCCUGUGUCGAAGUAGUUUUGCAAUUCGGUUGGCUAGUGUUGUUGCUUCUGGUGAAGAUGGCUCUCACGUUGGGUAAAUUAAUUUCAGGCGUUCCAAACACGCGAGUUGUGUGCAAUCCGUUUUAUUAUCAGCGAAAUUUCUCCUUAGUCAGCUUUAUUUUGAAACGCCCGGGCUGCUGUGUAGGCAUGUCUUUUGUAGAUAGUUUUCCAAUUCAUGCUACAUUAGAUUGGAAGUGGGCUAAUGUGGCGACCCACAGAGGGGUCUCACUGAACCUGGCUGACCUUUCUUGUUGCUCGAGAUCUCUGAGCUCGUGGAAUCGCUCUUAUGGCGUCCCUGUAAAGCACCACUUAGCUCCGAAACUCCAGAGUUUUGCAGCUAAUGUGCAUAAUCCAAGGCAAUCCUUGAUGUCUGCUUCUGCCACUUCUGAUGACUCGCAGUCGACAACGCAGGCUGAUGCAGCCUCUGUUUUGCAGUCGAACGAGAGUAUGGCAGAGUUCGACGAGGAGAUUUCUGAAGAUGCCCUUCAUGCUUUACGAGAAUUUGACAUGGUAAACGAAGAUUUAGAGGGUGAAAAUCAACGCAUUGCUGAUGUAGCGAGAACCGGGAGGCGUUCGAAAAAGAUGUGCUACUAUUUCACGCAAGGAUUGUGUACUCUGAUGGAGGACGAAAAUCACACAGACAAGUUUAGCCAUGUUUAUCCUGAGCUCAAAGUGAGGUCAGCUGAUCUGAAAAGGGUUAAGGAACAGCCAUUUGAGUUCUACUUAGUACUGGAUCUGGAAGGCAGGGUCGAAAUAUUGGAGUUUCCUGUACUUUUGAUCAACGCUCAGACACUUGAAGUGGUUGAUCGUUUUCACCGCUUCGUAAGGCCAGUCAUUAUGACGGAAGAAAGGCAGGCUGAAUAUAUCAAGGGAAAGUAUGGAAGAUGGGGGUUGGACAGGGUUUGGCAUGAUACAGCUAUCCCGUUUACAGAGGUUUUGAACGCAUUUGAAAGCUGGAUGGAGAGCCACUCGCUUUAUAAUCCUGAGGACCCGUCCAAGUUGACACGAGCUGCUUUUGUUACAUGUGGCAACUGGGAUGUGAAGACAAAGAUUCCAGAGCAAUGUCGUGAUUCAGGUAUCGAAUUGAAACCAUAUUUCAAUGAGUGGAUAAACUUGAAGGACAUCUACUACAACUUUUACAGACGGCGGGCUGGGGGAAUGCUUGCAAUGUUGAAAGGCCUUAAUAUACCACUAACUGGUACACAUCAUGUUGGGCUGGACGAUGCCCACAACAUUGCCCAAAUCCUGCAGCGGAUGCUCGCUCACGGUGCCAUUGUGAGAAUCUCUGCGAAAAGGAAAGUUAGUGAUCCAAAAGCAGUGAGAUGGACAUUUUCAAACCGUGUGAAAUAAUGAAUUCGGCAGUUCGUCCCUUCCACUGUCAUCGUCCUUGUGCGCUGUCGUAAUUUUUCAGAAAAUGAAGUCUCACUAUGGGAGCCAGCUGAAGAAUCAGAUCACAAUAAACAUCAAAGCAGUUUGUCUUGCUGCUGCUACUUUUGUUUACAGCUUGUACAGUAGUACACCUAGAAAACCCAAAUCAUGUGAAAGAGGGUCCACCGUUGUAUGGUAAAAGUGGUUUUUUUUUUCGGUAAAGCUUUGUUUCCGACGG